AUGUUUACAUCACAAACAUCUUCCUUCCAGGAAUCCAUAGACGUGGAUGAAAAGGAAGGAGACUUCGACAACGAAGAGAUCGCCGGAUACAGCCAGAAAAUACAGCAGAUUAACAGUUAUUAUGCUAUAUAUUACUACCAGAGCACGAGAUUUGAAGCUUCUGGAGAAAGUGAGGCCUGGAGCCAGAGGAGAUCAGACUCGACUACAAGUCAGGAUGACUUUAGUCUUACCCUAUUGGAUACCAGUUUGGCACCGGAGGCGGAGCCAGAAUUGCGGAGCUAUAUUUCCCGCAGGUUGAGCAAAGGUGCUCUGCUGGGCGGUAUGGGCAACAUUGCCACUGUUGAACUAAGCAUCCCUGAGCAAGCGGUGGGCUGUUACUGCUGUCUGUUGGAGCAGGAGAAAUCUCCUCAACAGCCUGAAGCUGAUGGCAAUGGCUGGGUGGUGUGUCUUCUUGGAGAUUCAGAGAAGGGCCUGAAUCUAUUUAGAAUUGAACUGGACAAGUAUGUCCAAGGUCUGCAGGGCAGUUUGACCCUAGAGAUGCUAAAUUUGGAGACAUAUAUAAGACCUUAUCUGAACUGCUGGUAUGAAGAGUCAGUGAUGCAUAUUCACAGAGUGGUUCUGCUGUUGCAGGCGAAUGUUGGCUACCUUCUGCAUGCUGCUCUGAGUCACAAGCUGGUAGAAGUCACAGGGGCAGAUGAGAGGACAAAAGCAGAUGUAGCAAGAUUUAUUAAAGCAGCAAGCCUGCAGGGUUUAGUCCAGGAGGACACAACCACGGCUUCUCUGUGCAAGGCCAUGUCAGAGGAUUCCAACACCAAUCUGAUCAUUAACUGCUCCACCAGCCCACCCACACUCACUAAUACAGUCAGUAACCGGUUCUGCAACGAAUGGAUCCAGGCCUUCCUCAAUGCAGCUGAACGCUUUAACCCUUUCCUCCUCGGUCAGAUCCUGGAGAACUUCAAACUGAAGGCCAUUCAGGACAUGAACAACCUGAAGCGUUUCAUUCGUCAGGCUGAAAUGAGUCACUACGCUUUAUACCGCUGCUGUCUGUUCCUUCAGAACUGUGGAAAUGGAGAUGUGCUGCUCCAGAACGCACGAGCCGAGCACAGCAGCUUUCCUGAAGCCUGUGGUAUCAUAAAUGUACUGGAGGAGUUCCUCAGUGAGCAGGCACAGGGCAUGCUGUACUGACACCACUAGGCCUGCAGAGGGCCACAGUGUUUUAUAUUUUAUCCUGUCUGAGAGCACUUUGUAAACGGUUGCUAUUCAGUCCCCAUAACUAAAGCUACAAUAUGUAGUCAAAGAUGGCCAUAUUGAUUAAUUUAAACUAACUUGAAAACACUAAAUAUAGUCCAUCAUCUUUUGUGUAUGUGUUCAUGAGCAAAGGUCGCAAAUGAAUUUGCUGUGAUUCGCUGCUUUGUUAUUGUAUUAACACUUGCAGAAUUGUGAAUAAUUAGAAACAGAUCCUGUGUAAUGGACCAACUGAAAAUACUAUGUGAUAAAACUUGUGUAUAUGUUAAUUCAGUAUUGUUUAUAUGUGAUACCUGAUUCUAAUAUUAAGCUGUACAGUAGUCAAUCAUUACAUAGUGGAUUUUUGGGUUAGUUGAAUAUUCAUGGUUUUAAAAUACAUUUGGCAGACAUUUAUUGCUAGGAAGAAUAAAAAGGAAACAAAAUCAUAAUCCUGAAGCUCUGCACAAACCAAUAUUAAUAUUACUUAUAUUUGAACACUCUUUUACACUUCACAAUCAAUUUGUUUGUGAGUGUAUUAGAAUAUACUAAUACUUUUUACAUUAUGUCUGAUGCUUUUUAUUUAAGACUUUUUGUUUGAGACAAAUUUCUCCUCUCUUGCAUUUCCUCUAUUUGUUUACCAAAGAACUUCUUAAAGAAAAAUCUUUAAUCCUAAAAAUACCAAAUUAAUUGUAUAAAUACUAAAGUCAGAUGUAAAUG